AUAUAUAUAUAAUAAUUUGAAGAGAUGAAAGGUGAACAUGAAGAAGGAAAGAGUAGAAGCGGUGGAAGCAAUAUGUUCGCAAAGCUACACCACCCACAGCACCAACAGCAGAAGCUGCAGCAGCUGCACCACGUUGUGAGUCGGGAAGGCCAGACUUCCGAAGAAGAGGAGAGCCGAAGCAGCGGUGGAGGAGGCGGUGGACCUGGUUGCGGUAGCGCUGAUGGAUCUAUUGCCAAGAAGAUGAAGAAAGCUGAUGGCAACGGCGCUGGAGAUGGUGCUACUAUUGAAGUAGUCAGGCGCCCCAGAGGCCGCCCGCCUGGUUCCAAGAACAAGCCCAAGCCACCCGUCAUCAUCACUCGUGACGCCGAGUGCGCAAUGCGCCCCCAAGUUCUCGAGGUCCCCGGAGGUCUCGAUGUCGUGGAUGCCAUAUCUCGCUUCGUUCGUCGACGAAAUAUUGGUGUCUGUGUUCUUACCGGGUCCGGCACCGUGGCUAACGUUAUCCUCCGUCAACCUUCCACCAACCCGGGUGCUACCGUCACCUUUCAUGGCCGGUUUGACAUACUCUCCAUCUCAGCUACCUUCCUACCUCCGUCAGCCACGUCUCUUCCGUCUUCUGUGAAUGGGUUUGCGAUUUCGCUUGCUGGGCCGCAGGGUCAGAUCCUCGGAGGCUCCGUCGUAGGUCCUCUUCUCGCCGCAGGUACCGUCUUUGUUGUUGCUGCGACAUUUAGCAACCCGUCUUAUCACCGUUUGCCCAUCGAAGACGAAAUACCCAAUUCGGUUACCGGUAACGCCGGCCACUCUCCACCUGCUCCCGGCGGUGGAGAGGGAAGCCACCCUCCUUCGGCGGAGUCAUGUGGUAUGUCCAUCUACAGCUGCCACCUACCUUCGGAUGUCAUCUGGGCGCCUACCGCCAGACAACCCGCACCGCCACCGUUCUGACCUCUGAGUUUGGAUUGCUUUUCCUUUUUCUUCUCUUUUUCCCGGUUAGCUUGUGAAUUAAGAAUUCAUUUUCUGUACUUUCUUUUAAUCACUCUUUUUAAUCUUAAUAUUAUUCUCUUUUUUUAGUUUUAGAAUUUGAAGAACAGAAGCGAGAUGAAAGAUGGAGAAAGAAACAGUGUAAUUUUUAGCAAAAUUUAGUCAAAUUUUUCAUGCUUGUGAGAAGAAAGUUCAUCUCUUUUCUUUCAACGCGGUCCAACGUAAAAAAUCAAUUCUUCUCUCUGUGUUCUGUGAUUUUCUCUCUGGGGACAUGUGAAAUGGGGGAUUGCUUUGAACUUUGAGACUGAUGAGUGAAAACCACAUCAGCUGUUUCUGCAGCAAUUGCUGCUGCACUACCGGCGUAGGUAAUGGCGUUUCAGAUUUCCUUUCUUAGCUUCUUUUGGUUUCGGAUAAAAAAGUGAGUGUGUGAACAUGGGUUCGAUUGUAUUUGCCGGUUCUUCCAGCGCAUCAGUGAAUCGAGAGAGAGAAGAGAGAGAAAGUGAGAUAUAGCUGGUCACGCGAGGUCUACUUUUAUUAAUGGAAGACUAGACUCUAGAGAGAAGUUGCGAUAACGUCGGUGUUUGGAUGGUUUUGCUUUAUCAGAUAAUUCAGAUACAACUUUCUUCUUUCUUUUCCUCUUUUGCAGUUUUUGGAUCAGCAGUGUACAUUGAAUUGAAAGCAAUCUCUCUCUCUCCCUCUCUGGGAGGGAAGUACUUGUUGUCGAACUCAUUCUGUCAUUUCAUAA